CUGGAUCAUAUUUAUCUGACAUCAUUGUUGAGUGUAUAAGCAAGAGCAACAAAAUCAUACUGGUUAUCAGCCAAAAUUUCCUUAGAAGUGGCUGGUGUAAAUUUGAAAUGAAUCUGGCAAGAGGUGAGUUGGCAACAAGGGGACGUGAUUGCUUGAUCUUGAUUCUCAAAGAGCCAGUGGAAUUACUUCCAAAAGAGCUGAUAUCUCCCACCCUGCGGUCCCUGUUGGACACGAGGGUGUAUCUAGAGUGGACCGAAGAAGAGGACAGAAAAUUGCUGUUCUGGAGGAAGUUGAGGGAUGCUCUAGGGAAUCCUAGGUUCAGAGGCGAAGAGGAUACUCCCUUUCUGUAUCAGAACAUUGAUGAAAAUGAGGAAAUGCCUCAGAAUCUAAUAGAGUAAAUAGAACAACUAUAGGAAGUGGAAUAUCAACAAAAAAGAUAUACAUACAACACUUUUCAUACUGUAAGUUUAUAAGUGGAACACUGUUUUAAGGUACCAAAGGUGUUCCACUUUCACAGGUUCCACUA